CGAAUUCUCUCACUUUGUAUAAUGCCAACAUUACAGUGUUUUGGAAUGUCAUUACUUGUGCUAUUGAAAGCUUUUAAUGAUUUAUUUAGCAAAGUAGUUUUCUUUUUUAUUCCUAUAAUUGUUCUCUGUGUAUUUUAGUAGAACAUGAACCAUACUGAAAGAUGCUUAAGAGUGAUAGGAAUAUUUAUUCUCUAAUAUGGAAAUGGAAACAGAAUAUGGAAAGAUUAUAAUGUCAGUGAUUAGCAGAGUUUGGCAUGGUACCUAACCAUAACACAGGUAGCAUUUGACACCAUGUUGAAAGCUAAGCACUCUCCUUUUACAAGUCAGUGUUAUUUGUGCUAUGUCUGUCAUUCUUGAAUGGGAGGCUGCCAAGUUUGCUUUUACUCCAAGUAAGUGCUUUCCAAAACAGUCCACUAAUUUUGGUCUUUGAGGACAGGCUCAUUUUUGGUAGUCUUACCACUGUAGAGUGGAACCUCUAGUGGAGCCACUCUACAGUAGAGGAGACUUCGCUGAACUUGAAAUAUGAAGUAUUUUAAUUUCUCUUCUUUCUUCAUUUUGAUUUGUAGUACAUGAGUAGUGGCAGUUUUAAUUUUGCCCCCCUAAGUCAAAUAUGCUUAUCUAUUGUGAGGAAAGGGUUAAGAGGUUUUCCAAGUUUCUCUGCUCAUUUCUAAUCAUUGUGUAAAUGAAUGUCUGCUUUUUCUCACUGUGCAUCAAGUCUGAAAUGUCAGCCAGAAUGAGUUCUGCCAGUUAGAUAAUUGGCAUUUUGUGAGUAUGAGUACUUACAGUAUGCAAUUAUAAAUCUUCAUUGGUUAUUAUAGAAGUUUUGCUUCUGUCAUUUGUUAAAAUUACUUACAAAUUUUAAUUUUCUUCUCAAGAAGUUAUCUAUAUGUAAUGUUAGGAAAUGACAAGAAAGUGCCUAAUAAAAUGUCAUGUUCUCCUCAGGGUAGUUAUGCCCUCAUUUAUAAAGUCAGAAUUCCUUACAUAACUACUUGUACAUCCUCCUUUCUUUAUAGAAAUUAUACUCAGGAGCCAUUUCCCUAUUUUCCCCUCCAUUUUUUUAAUCCCUCUAGUCAGAGGUGUGCUCACCCACACCUUUAAUAGACUAGCAUUUAAAAGAGCUCUUUAAAUUAUGAUUUUGCAGUUGUCAUCAGUGUUUGGCCUUGGAUUUGUUUAGCUUGCCUGACAGGUAACAGUGCAGUUUUAAUGAUAAAUGUGAAAAAUGUGACUUUGGUCUUAGUUUAACUAUCAGAGACUGCAUAAUUCAGAAGGUUACAUGGCGUACUGCCACUUCCUUAAUUGCAUGUCCCGUUACAGCAUUGGCAAAAGGAUGCACUCAUUAAACUUUUCUUGUUCUCAAUAUCUGUUAAUUUUCCUCCUGCACUUGAUUGCUAGUAUGGACUGUUCAGGUACAUAUUAUCUUUUCCCCUAAGACCCGUAAGCCUUGAUUUCAAGGAAAAAUAUACCAAGUGACGGCAAGGAAUUAUGUCACUAAUUGAGCUGAACUACUGCAGAGAACAAACUGCAGUCAUAAGGGUUUGGUUGCUGCUGCUAUUUUGUUUUGUUUGUGACCUAUAUAAAGAAUUUCAGAAAUCUUUGCUAAAACUCUUCUAAAUAUGACUUACCUUAAAAUUGACCAUUUUCAUUAUAUAAAAGACAACAGUAGUUGAUAACAGACUGACUAGCUUUCUUCAAACUCUUUGUAAUGUGAGCUUUACAUGUUUGCAAAUUGGUUAUUGAGUAAGUAGUGACUGAAGUAUAGCAUGUUAUUAAAAAUGUAUAAAAAUCGCAAAAAAGAUUUGCAGCUGGUUUUCCCGCUGAGCUUGUUUUGAGCUGUUUUGGUACAUCUGCUUAUCUUUCUACCCUGUACUCUGUGAAAUUUGAGACUACCAUAGAGUAGCUGAGAUUUUUGUGACUUUUUUUAGCAGAACCAGACUAUUAUGGUAAGAUACCAAAAGUGAUUAAUACCUCAACUCAUGUCACUACAAGAGCUUCUGCACAUAAGUAGUGUCUUGAAAAAUAAUCUUUCAUAUUCAUACAAUUUAGUGAGAAAGUAAAAGUUUAAAACAGAUCAUCAGGUUUUGAUAUUACAAAAAGUGCCUAAGUGUAAAGAAUGUUUGUAUUUUUAAAGCAAAGCUUUUGUAUUUUGUGUGUGGGUAUUAUCUGUAGUAGUUCUUAGGAACUGUUGAAGUUUUCUCUUUUUGUUAAAUAUUUGGAAGCUAUCAGCUGCUAAUGCCAAGUGUAUGCCCAUCCUGUCUCCUAAACUAGCAGGCAGAGUAUUACUUUGCAAUUGGAUUUAGUUUUGAAUCAAUUUCUAGAAGGUGAAUUAUUUAUUCUGGUUGAAAUUUGGGAAAGUACUUUGUGUUCUUUAAGCCCUUUGGUUUGAAUUAAAUUCAUAUUGAGUACAUUUCUUAUUGCUCUGAUAGUUUGAGCAGAGUUUACAAAAUAUUGCAGUGAAUAGCAAAGGCUAAAGUGAUAACUAUAGUUAUUGUCAGCAUAUCACAUCUAUGGAUUUCAUUGAUGGCCAAUGUUUUUAUAUUACUGUUUUGUUCAUUUACCUACUGGUUGCUCCAUAGAAGACUUUAUUUUCUGAAUGAAGAAAAGAAAUUCAUUCAAACACUUUCUCAAACUGAGCUCUUAGUUUUACAAAACCUUUCUGUCAUAUUAUUUUAUUAGAGUCUAAAGUCAAAUAAGAAUUAUAGAAUGGAAACUUGUUUUAUUUUUCUCAGUGGGAAAAAUAAUUCUGUAUUUUUCACUCUGUGGAACAGAGAAAUUUUCAGUAACUGAAGCAGCAAAUCAAGAUUUUUACUUAAAUAAAUAUAAUGUGCUAGAGGGAAUCUGCAAUAUUUGAGACAAUCAGAAAUGUUUAGAUGAACUAGAUGAUAAAUAGGAAAAAAAGAAUUUUGGGAUCUGAGAAGUUAGUAAGGUGUCCACAGUUUACCUACUUACUGGCUGUUAGUUAAAUGUUGAUGUGUAUGCUACCCAAGCAGUAGGUUACUACCUGAAUUACUUUGAUUUUUGGUCAUAUCUGGAGACAAUGUGGGCAGAAGGAAGUAGGUAUUUGAAAACAAAACAAAACAAAACAAUAAUAGCAUACCUGUGGAGAAUAAAGGUAGAAGGAAGGAAGACCUGCAAGAGGAGGUACUUGCUAAAUUACACAGUGGGAGGGCAACAGAUAGUUUCACUGUUAAAAGCUUAAAGGAGUAAUUACAGUGCUAAAAGUUGGUUGUCCUUGUUUGUGAACUUUAACAUAAUUUUCUAGUGCUUAUGAGAAUGAAAACCCUCUUCAAAAGUUGACUUUAGACUCUGUUUUUGAACUUGUUGCAUAUUUUCUGCUAUACAUAAAAGGGAUUCACAUGACUAUUUUAUGGUAGCUUAUAUGCUAACAUAAAUUACAUUGACUUUAAUCUAACAUUUGGAAAGGCUGAAUUGGGUUCAGUGCUUGUAUUUUCUUUCAAUUACUUUAACCUGUUGUUUUAUGCACAGUUUGACAAAUUGCUGUUACUCAGACUUCAUGCUUGUAAUGACAAGGGGUCCUUGUUGAACUAGGUUUUAAUGUUAAAAAGCAAUGACGUUAGUAACUUUAUCAAUGUUAGCAUAUUAAGUUAAAAUUCACUUGAGGAUUCAAAAAUAAUUUUCUCUGCUAUCAUGUAAAGCUGUAUUCAGGUACAAACCUAGGAUGUCUCUCACUAGAGAACAAAAUUUGCAAUGAAUAAAAUAUAUCACUAUGAGAGCUGCCUAAGUUUGUUGGAAAUAAAUGCUUGGGGCUUUCUGCUUUAUUUCUUUAGUUUUCAAUUAGUAAUGAAUUUUACUGUUUAAGUACAAGCCAGUUUGAGAAACAUUGAUCCAAGUUACCUGUGUAUCCCAGUUUUUUUUAUGGUUUUGCCCAAAAUGGUGUCAUUUAUCUGGCCACUACUCUACUGGUUUCUCUAAAUUUUCAUGCUAUCUGAUACCCUGUAGAGCUUCAUCAAUUCCCUUAGUCUUUCAACAUAUGUUACUUCUGACAUUUUGCAAAAAGUGAGAUCUAUUAAGAUUUACCUUGUAAAACUUUUUUUUUUUUAAAUUUGGCUUACUUCCUUGAGCCUUAAGGGGUUGUUUCACACAGCACAUCUUGGAAGAAGUAUUUUUUUUCCAAGAUAUAAGUAUCAACAUAAAUAAGCUAUAGGUAGUGAAGCCUCCCUACCUAUCUUAGGUAGAAGAUAAUUUGCUCUUUGAAGUCACUUUUCAUUUUUGGUCAAUCUGUGACUUUCCCCUUCAUGUGGCUCUAUUUGAUCUGGUUAAUCUUUUUUAAUUACUCCUAGUGUUCUGUCCUCCAUAUCCAGGAUAAUUCACUAGUCUUCCUGUGAACAGUCAAAACUAUGUAGUGCUUUCUCUUUAAGCAGAUGACAUGCCAUUUUAUUUUACUUUUCUUUAAAUCAUCAUGGCUGGGCUUCGCGAACGAAGAUUUGGGAUUUCAGCAGGGUCAGCUUGGAGAGUCUUUAAAUCAACAAUCAUGUUAAAUACUGUGAAAAAAUUAAAGUGUGAAAUAAAUAGUUAAAUCCAAAGAACAAUUAGUUUCCCUAUUUAUUUAUUGGUUGCAGGGAAAAAAGAGCCAAAUGCAGAUCUAAUUCUGUGUUGUAAGUGAUACAGGCUUUGUCUAAAAUGGCCCAUGGACCGAUUUUACUGGUCGUACUGGUUUCUUAUUUUAGAUAAGAUAUUUGGAAGAAAGCUUCUUCAAAAGCACGUUCUUGUCUGUUCAGUUUCCUUUUCUCAUGUGUUUCGUGCAUUUCAGCUUGGAUUAUAUAGCCAAAGACAUUUGGGUUAUAUUUCACCCUUUAGGUCUACUCAUGAUUCCUGUGUGAGAUCAUUGUAGCUGAAGUGACUUUAUUCUCCUGCUGUUGUGUCUCUUCCUAGGCUAUGGCUACUAAUGGGCUUUGUCCUCUUUGUUUUGCUGAACAGAAGAUCUUGUUGCAGUAAAUUCAUGGAUUUACAGUUACGUUGCUAUUUGUGGGCUUAAUCUCCGCUUUCCUGCUUUGAUGUGACUGGAGUUCACAAGUGUUUUAAUGCCGUGAUGGAUAAACUGAGGAUGUAAUCUCCAGUCCUUAGGCAAAGGGGAUAUUUAUGGCCCAUGUUUGCACUAAGUGUUUAUCUGCACAAGGGCCACUGCAGGAAACAAAAGUUGUGGACCAAAGGCGUGGCUCUCAGAACCAUAGUCCUCUGUGGAUAAAUUGCUUCAAAAAUGGUGACCCAAAAUGAGAUUUAACAAAGUGCUUGGGUCAAGUCUGAAAUACAUAGCAGUUUUUAGCACCACAUCAUGUGGUUUCCAUCUCUAAGAUUUCCUGGUUUCCUGGAAUUGCUGGCAGGCUGUGCCUUGCCAGAGUGGGGGGGCACUGGGGCUGUUCCCUCCGGACUGUCGAUUUCUCCCUCUUGGCUGGGCCACUGGAAUGUGUGUGCAUGUGCGUGAUGGAUGUAAUUUGGCUCUGUAGAGAGAGAGAGAACAGUGGAGCAGUGUAAGUGUUGCUGUUGAUUAAAAAAAAAAUUUCAGAUUUUGGCUAAAAGAUAAAAAAGUUACAGAUAAUGCAGUAGUGCUGUUAACAAAUAAUUAUGCUUUAUUCUGAAAGUUACACCUGACUAAGAUAAAACUCUUUUGAGCUCUCCUAGUUAAAUCAGUAGAUUAAAAAUUAGUACAAAACAAAAAGCAGCAGUUACAUACUAAGAUAGUUCUUGGUUUUUUAGAAAAAAAUCAUUGAGAUUUCCUUUCCAACAAUACUUCUGAAGCACAGAUAAAAUGGCUUCCUGUCCCAUGGUUUCCUGUAUCCAUGACAACCUGACUUUAAGCACUUCUUUCUUAGUUUCCUGAGCAAACUGUUGCAAGUCCUGGGUCAAAAUGUGAGUGAUACAGUAUGCAGCAAUACUGCCUUUACGAAGGUUUCACAGAUAAGUAUAGUCAACAGCUUAUACUACAAUGAACUGCCAACGGCAAAAUAAUGGAAAUAAUGAAUUUCAGAUUUGGGCGAAGUCAGAGAUGAGUAAGAAGGCCAAUGACAGGGAUAUGUGUGUUCUGCAAAGUUCUCCACCCUGCCCGGGAGCAUUCCUGUAUAUACUUAAUUGGGUUUUUUUGUUGCUGCUUCAGAAGGAGGCUUUUGGCUGUCCAUCUGCUUGUCAGCUCUGCACAGGGAGACAAGUUAGCUGUUGUAAUGCAGGGCUUUCGAGCAUCCCUUGGAACUUACCAAAAACGACAAUUCUUGUGUACCUCAGUGGAAAUAAUAUAUCACAUGUCACUCCAAAUGAACUAAGAGGGCUUCAGAAGCUUGCUGCACUCCACAUGGAUAACUCCAGUAUUCUGUAUGUACACCCAAAAGCUUUUGUGGAGCUCCCCAAACUGUGCUACUUGCAUCUCAAUAACAAUAAUAUUAAACGCCUGGAUCCAGGAAUCUUUGAAGGCCUUUCCAAUCUUCAUUGUUUAUACCUUCAGGAUAAUCAAAUAGCUUUUCUUCCCAGAGGAUUAUUUAGUGAUCUUUUUUCUAUUAGAUAUUUAUCGCUUCAAAGAAAUCGUCUCAGUGUCCUUGGAAGUGGGACUUUCUUGGGUAUGAUGAGUCUCCAAACACUAAACCUAGCCAAUAAUAAGAUUUCAUGGAUAUCAGAUUCAGCAUUUCAUCAUCUUGAAAACCUUGCAUAUUUGUCUCUUGAAGGUAACAGCUUAAAACUUGUGCCAUCGAAUGCUAUUGGAAAGCUCAAAAAUCUUGAAAGACUUUCAUUGUCUCACAAUCCUAUUGGAUCAAUACAGUCUUUUGCGUUUAAAGGACUUAAUAAGCUUAGAUAUCUGUCUUUGAAAAAUGUCAGGCUAAAAUGUAUUGCUGUAAAUGGAUUUUUUGGAUUAAACAACCUUAGCCAGUUAAUCUUAAGUUAUAAUGAUUUAGAAAAUAUAAAUUCCAGCACUUUUACUGUAUUAAACAAUUUAAUGUAUCUGCAACUAGACAGAAAUAAAAUAGCCAGUAUUGGUGAUGGUACCUUUGAAAAAAUGGGACAGUCACUUAAAAUACUCAGUUUAGCAUUUAAUAAUAUUACAGAGUUACAACCUGAAGUACUCAAGCCUUUAGUAUCUCUAACUCACCUACAGGUAAAUUCUAAUCCUUGGAACUGCAGCUGCAAAAUGCUUCGGUUACUUAAUUGGCUGGCAUUGUCUCCUGUUUCUGUAAGAAUUCGUUGUCAGAAUCCGCAGAGCAUGCGUGGUAGACCUUUGCAUUACAUUAAGGGGACUCGGUUUUCAAACUGCAUUAGUCCUACUGCCAGCCCAGAGACUGCUUGGAGUCUGGGAUCUGUGGGUGUCCAUCGCAGCGCUACCAUGUUGCUGAUGGCGUGGCAAAAAGGAAAGAGUCAGAAACUUGAGGAGUUUGUCAAUGCAGAAACUAAAUAUGUUGCUUUCUGGGAAGGAACUACAGCUACAUUAGCUACCCCUUUGCCCUAUGAAGGAAAUGCUGUUGAAAUUCCAUCACAGGCAACUACAGUAUUAUCAACAUUACCAGUGCAAAUAGCAACACAGAUUAUAUCUACUAACAGAACUGUAGAAGAACAAGAUUUACUUCCGAAAGAUGUUGCUUCUGUGUCAUUAAAAACAUCCCUGAUUUGUGCACAAAAGGUUGAAAAGCUGAAUCAGGCUUUUGACAUUUUAUUAGCCUUUUUCAUUCUGGCUUGUGCUGUAAUCCUGUUGUUAACCUGUAAAAUUAUUCAGUUUAGGCAGAAACUAAAGUUGCUGGAAAAUUCAGGGGAAAAGAGAAUAGAAUAUUAUGGCUUUUAUCAGCCUGGCAGAUAUAACAUAACUGACCCAGUGCAGUCUCUAACUCAGAAGUCAGUGGUACAUUCAGAACUGGACCAAAUUAGGCUGCUCAAACGAACAGCAUCAGAAAGUCAGGCACAGGUAAUACUGUUCGAACAUUCAUCAUUGUAAUUUAUCUCAAUUUAUUUGGUGUUAACUUUACUGUGAUAUGAAAGGUCAAGAAAUCAAGAACUCUAUUUUCUAAAAAUACCUUCACUGAUUAAAAGCAACUGCUUGAUAUGAUUGUGGAAAAUGGCACAAUUUGAGUUCUGCAUUUUUUUUUUUUGCUUCCUGAAUGUAAUGUUUUGAAGUUUAUUAUUUUAUUAUGUGUCAUUUAAAUCUGACACAGAUAAGUUUAUUAUCCUCUGUCCCUGUUUUUAGGAAUCUUUCACCUAAAGGUGAAGUAUACAUGCAGUAUAAAGUACAUUUUUAUUUAAUUUAAUUUGCAAUACUUAGUAUGUUCCUACAGAAAUUCCAUAGCUAACUUGAAACUUGAAGCAAGCAAAAUAUCACUUCUUAGUAGGAUCACAAAGCUAAAGAGUCUUGGGGAAUGAGAAAAUAAACAGUGCUUUAUGUAUUUAAUGCAGUUUUUACCCUGCCUCCUAUUAAUAAGCACAGGGGGGAAAAAAGUGAGCAUAUUUACUGCUGGAAUGUUCCAACUCUCGAGGAAGAGAAUAAUUUAAAACUAGACAAAUUUUAUUAAUACCUAUAACAUAUUUUAACAUACAAAGUUGUGUAUUCAGUCUGUGUAAUAAAUAUAUUAAAGUGACUUUUUUAUUAGUGUG